UUCAAAUUGCAUGGAGGCCACUUCCAUUGUAUUUACUAGUUACAAUCAAUGGCGAACCCAAUCCAUUUAUGCCAAAGGCGAAGAGGAGAAUCUCUCUGAUACCGCUCUCAGAUAAUGGCGAUUCGUUGCUUCACCUUGCCGUUAUCUCCUAAUGCGACCUACCAGAGGGUUCCUAUUUCGAGAAGCAAAGUCUCUUUUCCGACCAUCAACCAUUGUUGGUUUGCCGGAGAAGGGAUGAAUCGUAAAGCGCAGUUGCUAAAAAAGGUCAAGGUGUCGGCGGAGCGUGAGCUACUGGUGGGGGAGGCUGAUUCUGCUGCCAGCGCUGAGGAUGUCGGAAUUAUUAGCAUUCAUCAUGUUGGGAUUCUAUGCGAGAACCUUGAAAAAUCUCUUGAUUUUUAUCAAAGUCUUCUUGGACUUAAAAUUAAUGAAGCAAGGCCACAUGAUAAGCUUCCAUAUAGAGGAGCUUGGUUGUGGGUGGGUGAUGAAAUGAUUCAUUUGAUGGAGCUUCCAAAUCCUGAUCCUUUGACAGGGCGCCCUGAACAUGGUGGCCGGGAUCGUCAUUCAUGUAUUGCAAUUAGAAAUGUUUCCAAGCUCAAAGAAAGAUUUGAUAAAGCAGGAAUCAAAUACACUCUUAGUAGGUCCGGAAGGCCCGCUAUUUUUACUCGUGAUCCUGAUGGAAAUGCUUUGGAAUUCACUCAAAUAGACUGAGAAAAACACACUCAUUGUUAUUAUAGAAACUUACAAGAUGAAGGAACCAGCCAACAAGCCAUGUAAGGUAAGGUACUCUUAUAAAACUAGCAGUUGAUAUUUGUAUAGUUUAUUAUAGAAUCACCAAAACUUAUAUUUCUAAGUCUCUGCUGUAGUAAUCUAUUGCCACUGUGCAAUGUGAGUUCUUAAAAAUGGUGUUGAUAAUAUGUAUGAGAGUGAUAUAAUAUUCAUAGCAAACAUUCUACUAUGUAUAAUUGUGAUAUAAUAAAAUUUUGAUUUUCAUAGAAAA